AUGGCUGACCAAGAACACAAUUGGAAAUGCGUCCAGUGCUUCGGCGAUAGGGGCGAUUCAGACGACAUUACAGAUGCUGAUUUGAUCACUGCUGUUGAGUUUGAUCCAACAGGCAAUUAUCUUGCCACGGGUGACAGGAGUGGACGCGUGGUUUUAUUUGAACGCAACGACGAUACACAGGGCUGUGAAUACAAGUUUCAUACCGAAUUUCAGUCGCAUGAAGCCGAAUUUGAUUAUCUAAAGAGCUUGGAGAUUGAAGAAAAGAUCAACCAGAUAAAGUGGUGCAAGCGUCAAAACGCUGCUCACUUUUUGCUCUCCGCCAAUGAUAAAACCAUCAAGCUCUGGAAGGUCUUUGAAAAGUCACUCAAGCUCGUCGCUGAAAGCAAUGGCAUUGCAUCCAAUGGUACCAUGAAUGGCAGUGCAACAACAACAACAAGCAGCAACGCCCUUCGCAUACCCAAAUUGAUGCAUCAUGAUACGAUCAUUGCUGCCGUGCCUCGUCGUGUUUAUGCCAAUGCUCAUACCUAUCACAUCAAUUCUAUAUCUGUCAACUCGGAUGGUGAGACGUACUUAUCGGGUGAUGAUCUUCGGAUUAAUCUCUGGAAUUUGGAUAUCUCGGAUCAAAGCUUCAACAUUGUGGAUAUCAAACCAGCCAAUAUGGAAGAGUUGACCGAGGUGAUCACAGCUGCUGAAUUCCAUCCCAUCCAUUGCAACUUGUUUAUGUACAGCUCAAGCAAAGGAUCGAUCAAGUUGAGUGACAUGCGUGCAUCUGCCUUAUGUGAUCAACAUGCCAAAGUGUUUCAGGAACCUGAAGACCCAGCCAAUCGUUCCUUUUUCUCUGAAAUCAUUUCAUCCGUAUCCGAUGUCAAAUUCAGCAAUGAUGGCCGAUACAUUCUUUCGCGUGAUUACUUGACACUCAAGAUUUGGGACAUCAACAUGGACAACAAGCCAUUGGAAACCAUCUAUAUCCACGACCAUUUACGCAACAGGCUGUGCGAUUUGUAUGAAAACGAUUGCAUCUUUGACAAGUUUGAAUGUAUCUUUAGCGGUGAUGGAAACUCGGUCUUGACAGGCUCGUAUAGCAACACAUUCCAUAUUUACGACAAGGAGGGAAAAACGGAUAUACCAUUGCAGGCGGAUAGGACUGCUUUCCGCCGUCCUGCAGGCAACAGAAACAUGGCAUCGAGUAGAGACUACAACAACUUUGGAUCAGACGAUAUGGACUUUAGCAAAAAGAUCUUGCAUGCAUCAUGGCAUCCACAAGAAGACACGGUGGCUGUGGCGGCUGCGAAUAACCUCUUUAUGUUUAACGCCAACAAUAUGGAUGUCGAUGGUCGAUGA